AAUAUUUUGUGCAUUACAGAUGUCACAACCUGCCCAUCUCCGAGUGAUUCUUUCAGACCACGAUGUCCAGAAACUGGCAUUACCCUCUGGAAUCCCUAAGACAGUUAAUGAACUUCACUCAGCUGUCCAAGCUGCAUUUGGAAUUUCUGAGGAUUUUUGCUUGCAUUACAUGGAUGUUGAUUUUUGUAAUAAUUAUUUCACACUACUUUCAACAUCUGACAUCAAGGAUAAGGACACUAUAAAGGUUGUGUAUAUGUUGGAGACCCCUACAGUGACAUUGGCCUUAUCAAGUGUGGACAGCCCCUUCUCAGUCUUGAAUGAUAGCUUUUCUCCACCUUCUGAUGAUGCCUGCUCAUCUGUCUCUUCCACUGAUACAUUGCCAGUUUCUCCAAGAAUAAUACAAAAAAGCCCAGCGCAACGAUCAAAGGGUUGGCCCUCUGAAUUUCCAAUCCCCCGUUUCUCUGUCAAUACAGAGCUUCUGCUUCAGUUAGGCAAUGAAAAGUUCCAUAAGGAUGGGACCCUUUUCAGCACCAAAGACCUCAUCACAAUACUACCAGAUAUUCUUGGAAGAGUGGCUGAAGGUAUUUAUGAAUACACUGCAUAUCCAUCAAGUGCACAAAUAAGUCAGGUAGCAGAGGCUCUCAUUAACAAACAUCCCUGUCUCAAAGAGCCAGGUUCCUUAAACAGAUGCUAUGGAUGGAUACAACGACUGAAAUACAAGAUGAACAAUUUCAGAUCCAAGCUUAGAGGUUUUAGCUGUCCUGAAAUUGAAGUGAACUCACUCAAGAGGAAAGCAGCACAUGAGCAAGCUCCUGCCAAAAAUGUUAAAAAACCAAAAAAGGCUGAAGUAAAUUAUCUACCACCUUAUCCUCAAGGUGAAACAAGUGGAAGUUUGGAGAAGGAAAGAGUGGACCUCUUACAUGAAGUGAUGAAGAGGGAUAAUUGCGUUGUGGUUGCAGAGAAAAUGGCCAAGACCUUCUCUCUUCGCAGGCAGGAAAUAAUUUAUCAGGCCCCUGCAAUUAAAGACAUCAUUGACCGAUGGCCUGCUUUAUUUGAUGCAACACAGAUAAAUGAAGAAUUCAAAAGAAUAACCACUGUAAGUCUUGAAUCUACAUUUAUGGCCAAACUUGAUGCUUGCACCUCCAAAUUAAUGGAUGUUGUCUCAUCGAGGGGAGGAACUUCAGGAUUGAGGAUAAGGCACAUUAAGAAUCAGCUUCUAGAGAACAAUACAAUUGAAGUACGGAGAGAGGUGGCCAUUCGUUGCCUGGUUGUCUACCUUGGAGAAAAGGAACAGGACCUCUUCAAGGAGUUUAAUAAUAUUGAAGAGUUUGAAGCAAACCUUGACAGGCAAGUAUUGAACAUUGCCAUCAUCAAAGACAAGAAUCCAAACACUGGAACCAUCCUGAUCGAGGGAGCCAAAAUCCUGGAUGGCAUUGAUGUCCCAAGGUGCUGUGCUUUGCUCAUGGGUUUAAUAUACGCUCUGAAUCUGAGCUAUCCCAAGGAUCUAAAAUGUACAUACGAAGUAUUUCAGAAACUGUUCCUUGAACUUGAUGGACUCAAAACCAGUGGGAAACUGAACUCCUCACCGGACGUCUCUGACUGCGAGGACCUGAAGACUGACUGUGGUGAACAGGAACAACCAAACCAUAACGUGAGAGCUGUUAAGUCUUCAAACACCACGUUCAUAAUGAUGACUGAAAUUUACCGAGUGUCUAAGAAACACGCUGACGACUUGUGUACCAUAGAAGAGUCACCACAUGUCAGUGGAGCAGAUGGCGACACAGCUCCAGUGCCUCAAGUUAGAGCAGAAAAGAAAGUCAACCUGCGGAUGGUGCUGAUGGUCUUCUGUGUUCUCCUAGUGGCCGCCCCCAUAUUCUUUUCUAUUUACUAUUUCAUAAAAUUAAAUCACAAGGAGCAAGAACUGGAAGAGUUAAGAAUUGCAAAUUACAACUUGACCAGUAACAACAGUGCCCUACAGUCUCAGUACACAACUCUGAAUAAGAAGCAUGAAGAACUGACCAAAGAGUUCAGUAAGCUGCAGGAAUACUACUGUGAUGGUACAAACACAUCUCAUGAAAACACUUGCAUUUUAUGUAAACUGGACUGGAUCCCCUUCGGUUCCAAGUGUUACUUCAUCUCCACUAAGACAAAGACCUGGCAUGAGAGCCAUGAUUGGUGCCUGACAAAGGGUGGACAACUAGUGAAUAUAGAAAACUCAGAGGAGUGGGAGCUCUUAGAGUUACCAUUUGUGCAUUACGUUUACAUGCAUUUCUGGUCUUGUAAUGGACAAAACGGUCAUUGGUGA